AUGCUACAGUCCUUCCAACAACAAGCCAGACGGUUCCACACCUCGCGUGUGGUGGCUACGCUGAGCAAGCAGAAGCGCAUGGAAAUUGCAUCACACAAAAAGAAGCAAAACAUCGUGCUGCAAAGCAGCAGGUUGCUCACCAAGGAGAAGAUUGAUCCUGUUCUCGGCAGAGCCAACAAUCCGUUUAUCCAGAGACUGAAACUUGAGAUUGAGGAGCCAGCCGUGCUGGCUAAGAAGUUUGAUCUUGCAGAGGUAGACAAGCUGCUCUACGGAGCCAAGGAAUCCAAGAUUCUCAAGUCUGUGUCGACGCUCGGUUACGACGAGGCCACAGUGAAGCAAAUCGAGAAAGAAGAGGCGGAAAAAAGAGAGGUGCUGCUUCGAAUACUCAGCAUGAGAAACGCAGACGAACAGGAAAAGAACAAACGGGUGUUGGAAAUGGCCGUUGCCGAGUUUGCCAGGUUUGAGGGCGAUACCGGUUCGUCAGAGGUCCAGGCCGCUGCCAUGACCGUGAGGCUGUUUAAUCUCAUGGAACACAUCAAGAAGAAUCCGCAGGACAAAAUUCAUAUCCGCCGUGCACGUAUGCUGACCCAGCAAAGACAGAAACUGCUCAAGUACCUGAAAAAAGACAAUCCGCAGAGAUAUUACUGGGCGAUCGAGAAGCUGGGACUUACCGACGAAGUGGUCCACAUGGAGUUCAACUUUGACAAGAGAUACAUGCAGGACUUUGAGAUCUGGCCAGGAAGACAGCUGCUUCGCCCUGGCAAGCACGAGACCAGAGAAAAGGCCAGAAUGAAGAGACUAUUGACCAAAGAAAGACUGGACGAGCUGCAGAUCGCCACAGAGGAAAACCAGCAACAACAGCAACUGUAA